AUGUGGUGCGUGGAUGCAAGUGCCCAGGUGAGUGGUAGAAAAGCAGCCUCAACUGCGGUUGUUUUAGGCAGUCAAUUUGCCGUCAUAUUGUUCAAAGUAGUCAGCUACUCCGUACUUCCUCUCCAGAGGCAUCUCCCCAACAUAUACAAUUACAGGAUACUCUGUCAGCAUCUCUCGGGAGACCAUAAACAAGAUGACUUUCCGAAUAAUAACACCUUUCUUGUGAGCUUGCGGAUGGAGAGUUCAGACGAUGUUUUCUCGAAUACCCGGAUGCGGACGAAGAAUACAAGUAGCCUCAGACAAUUUAGGUGGCAUCCACCGAUACCGGAAUGGAGCCCGGCAUCCAAACGACGCCAAAAGGUUACUCGAUGUGGAAGGGAAGCUUCCCAGUCAUUUCCUGGACGGGAAAUGCUCGGCGCGGCCGGAAGGAUCACAUGUGGACAGGUAGAAGAGUGUUUUGUGCAGUCCAGCUCUUAA